AUGGAGUCUCUGUCUCGAGUAGCCUACGGGCCGUCGCCACCGCCGACAGACGCCAAGAGACAUUUACGAGGCCGCAGCACGAGCAAAAAGCAGCGCUUUUCUCCUCCGUAUUCGGCGCGUGCUGACGCUGCUCACGCCGCCACCGCGCCGCAUCGUAAGCGAGAGGCAAAGCAUCUCGUGGAGGAGUACUGGCAGUCGGUCUGGAAUUCACACCAUGAGCCGCCGUUGUACCACACCUACUCGGAUCGCUACGGCGGCUCCAAAGGGGUCCCUUACGCUUCACGGAGAGCUGCGCAGGGUGGCAGCGCCGCGGGCUCUGGCGCAGCAGCCUACACCGCGAGCGUACCAGGCUGCUUGACCAAAGCAGACGCCGCCUUCAGCAACGGACAGCUGGCAGAGGCGAAGGCGCAGCUUCAACACGCUCUUACAGUGCUUCAGAACGCUGCCGAGCCGCGCGGAUUGUUGACCGUGGCGGCUCUGACUCAGUUUCGCGGCGACGGUGCCGAGGACGCGCAGCGGUCUUUCUGGCUGGCAGAGGUGCUUCGGAGGAUGGGAACCUUGGAGCUCAUUCACGGACACUGCGCAGAGGCGCGUGAGUUGUUCAAUGGAAGCAUCGCCGCUGGUCCACUCAACCUAGACAGCUACCUUCUGCGUGCCUCCUGCUGCGAGGCGCUCCGCUGCUUUGCCGAGGCGUACGAGGACUACUCCAAGUACAUGAAAAUGACGGAGCCAUCGAUGGAGGUGCUGGCGCACAGCGGCAAGUGCGCCGCCGAGGCAGGUCUGUCGGAGAUGGCACGAGAGCAGCUGGGACGUCUGCUUGAGUUGUCGGAAGAGGUACUCGCGAGUACAGCGGCCACGCAGCAGCAGGCGUUAGAUGCUACAAGCACUCUAAACACCCACCGGAUAUUCUCGUCUCUGCCACCCCUCAAGAGCGCAGCGUGGGCUGCCGGCUCCCUCACCCAGAACACGGGCGCCGGCGCCCCUUCAAGCCUCGAGUUGCUUCGCAGCGCAUGCGCCUUCUACGUUACUCACGCGUACUUUUAUCUUGGCUACGUUGCCGAGGCUGAAGCGGCUUCGACGACAUCGGUGACGCCUGUGGAGGCGGCCGCAUUGCGUCGUAAGGCUUCAUCAUACUACAGCGUAGCGGUACGCAACGCAGACUACGUGCACUCUUACGAGGACAGUGUGAGGAGGUCGAUGGCGGCCGGUGACUACGCGCUUGCUCGCCACUUGUUGCGGUAUCUUCAGAGGAUGAAACCCGACCGCGCCGGCUACUUCCUCGAUGCCGCACGAGCGUGCCGCGCAGAGGGUGAUGUUCAGGGAGAGCUUCGAGCGCUUUCUGCGGCACUGGACCGCCAGCAGACCAUCACCGAGCGCCGCUCUACUCUCUUCGCGCGCGGCGCUGUGUACGCGGACCGGCUGCAUGACUGGUCGCGCGCUAUCCGUGACUUUACGCUGCUCCUCGCCAUCCCCUCGGUGCGGCAGCCGGUGGCGACGGCUGAUGGCGCGGCGGCCGUGGUGGACUGGUUCACGCCACUGGCGCUAGUGCGACGCGCCGCGGCGUACCGUCACCGCCAAAGGGAGGGUAGCCGUUCUAGCUUGCUGCAGCACGAGGAUGAGGAGGCGGCCCUCUCUGACUACGCCGCAUUUCUAGAAGCGCUCGCCGAGAUGACCGCGGACACCGGUUGCGACACGACAGACGUGCCGGAGCUGUGUCAGCCGCCCCACGUCGUAGCAGCUCUUCUAGUACUUGCUAACGGGGCCUAUCACCGCCAUCAGUAUACCAAUGCGGUGCACUAUUUCUGUCGCGCCAUCGCUCUUGGGUGGAAUCCCGAGUCCUCCAUGCCCGCGCUUCUUUCGGCAACUGAACGACUGGCGGAUCAACUGUACACGUCGAUGGCACAUCACGUUAUGAGUGCAUAUCCGCCUGGCGAUGACAUGUUCCGUGUGCCGUACGAGGCACGCCAGGCUAUGACGCUGUCGAUCACUAGCUCUAUCAUGGCGUCUGCCGAGGCCCGACGGGCUACGAAAUCGAGUGAGCGCGGCAACGCUGGCGGCAACCGCGUCCCCAGUGCUGAGAGCGAGCGCAGCGGGUUUGCGUGCCCGCCACUACUGUACCUAAUGGUGGAUCAGCGCUACCUGCAGCUCCGUGCGCUCGAACCCACGUUCUUCGCCGCCAUCGAGGACGAGUUCUUGGAUGCGUGGGAGUCCUAUCGCUCCGAGGUGGAGCGACUCAAAGACGAGGUUCUUUCCACCCGCGCAGGCAGGCGUGGAAAGCGAUGA